AUUUAUUAAAGGUGGAAUAACACGUGUUCGUGUUUAUUUAUACGUGUAAUCUAUUGGUUGUAAUGCUGGUCACCUUGUCAGGUGACAUUUAAAUAUUCAUAGCACGGGUUUUAACUGACCGCUGUUAGCGCGGAAAGAUUUAUAGCCAUUCGAAGGCUCUUUUAAGUGCAGAUAACACGUCUUUUUUACUCUCUCUAUGACACGUAAUAUGGGCGAUUCGGGUGACGAGUUGACUUUAGAUACUGAUAGAUUGACAAAAGAAAACACAGGAGGGAAUUCUACACUGGAAGUCUCAGAUAUUGUCAAAUUAUUUACGGGAGUUAUACAGUCCCAAUUUAAAACUUUCUCGGGACAAUUAAAAGCCGAGCAGUCAGAGUCGAUUUCAAAGAAGCUUAAAGAAAAUUCUCUGCACAAGAUCAAGUCCGAAGGUAACCGAAUUCAAUUUGAGUUUAAUGCUGAGUUACUAGAGGGCUUAGAGAAAUUAGAGUCGAGAGCCUUUGAUUUGAAAGAUUCGGAGUCAUUGAGCAUUAUUUCCGACCUAAGUAAAAAACUGAAAACUCGUCAGAAGCAUAUACGCAUAGCAGAUUCGUCUCCUGCAGGGUGGAAAACCGUCAACGAAUAUCAGUGUAACGAAAUCGCAGACAACUCUGAUGAUGAAAAGAAGAUCCGCAGUGCAGAAAACAGGGCCCUCAGACACCAAAAGCAGAACAAGAGAUUUCAGCCUUAUGGGACGCAAAAAAACACCAGCAGCAGCGGGAUCUCCAGCUCAAUUGGCUUUUCCUGGGGCUUCUAAUACUUUUCAACCCUUUCCUGCGUUUCAUCAGCAGCAACAACAGUCAUUUCUCUACGGCCAGGGCAGAAACAAGCAGUCAAGGAGACAGCCUAUGCUGUACGACGUUUGUUUCAACUGUUUCGCAACAGGGCACUGGAAGUCCAACUGCCCAAAGGGAAAGGCCACUCAAAGUCAAUGAUAAGUAUACAGGUUGUUUGACUUGUGUUGUUGAAAAGAGUAAAACGGAAUGCGGUAUAAAACAUAGUCUAAAAAGGCAUUACAGUAAAUGGGAGGAAAUAGGGGCUUUUCAAUAUAUUUUGAAAAUAGUACAUUCUGGUUAUGAAAUUCCUUUUGUCUCCAUACCACCGUCUAUGAAUUUUAAAAAUAAUAAAUCUGCACAAAUUAACGCUGAUUUUGUCACAUCAGAAAUAUCUCAGUUAAUUAAGGCGGGUUGUGUCGUAGAAGUUACAAACAAACCAUAUAUUGUAAGUCCUCUCAGCGUAGCAGAAAACAGGUCGAAAAAGAGAUUGAUACUAGAUUUGAGUAGACUGAAUAAAUUAUGU